AUGAGUGAAACCACCCGGCUCAAGAGCACCAUUUAUGUCGGUGGCCUCGACCAGGCCGUCACAGCUCAUACUCUGGCAGAGGCAUUCGUGCCCUUUGGCGAGGUUGUCGACAUCUCUCUCCCAAAGCCAGACCAACCGAACACGGAUGACGUUCACCGAGGCUUCGGAUAUGUGGAAUUCGAACUCCCGCAAGAUGCCAAGGAGGCAAUCGACAAUAUGGACGGCAGUGAGCUCUACGGACGCACAAUCAAGGUCGCUGCAGCAAAGCCACAGAAGGAUGCCAACGAGGGCCUAGGCAGUAAAACCGCUAUUUGGGAACAGGAGGGAUAUCUGGCCAAAUACGCAGUCAGUGAAGAAGACAGACAAGCAGCCGAAGAAGCCCGAGAGGCAGGCGACCGGCCCCAAGACCCGAUGCAAGGAUUGGAACAACUCGACGUCGCGGGACCAAAGCCCGAAUGA